UAUAUGUGCAUGUGCUGCCAUCUCUUACGUAUGUAUAUGAAGUUUGCCACAGUUCUGUUACCACGUUCAUGAAAAGCUACAGAACACUAUCUUGAGAGUUUUAGUUUUUCUCUCUGUUUAUAAAUCAUUAUUCUGUAAUAAUAAAAAAAUGAGCGUACCUGCAUUUAUUGACAUUACCGAAGACAUCCAGUGUCAAGAUUUGAGGAGCUAUUUCAAAAGCUUAGGAGCUGAUAUUUCUGAAGAAAACUCACCAGAGGGCUUCCUUAUAGAUCUUCAGCAGAUAAUUGGUGUUUGCGAUGUGUGUUUCAAAGAACAAAGUGAACCAGAUAUUGAAUCGGUGUUGAACAGUAUUGUAUCCUUGUUGGUCCUUGUACCUCCAGAUCAAUGUGACAAUCUUAUGUAUGCCUUUUGUGAAAAAUUAACCAAGACACCAUCUGUGAGAACUGGACAAAUCUGCUUGAGAGUGCUACAGAACCUAUAUGAAGGCCUUCUGAAAGACUCUCCACUGCUCUUUGAUGUAUAUUACAGCCUUGUAAGAAUAGCAGGCCAGACUGACAGCAUCAGUUCUGUCUUUACUGAUGUCAGGAAGUUGAAAUGUUGGUUCCAAGAAAAUAACAUCAGCACAGAAAAGGCUAAAAAACUUCUCAGACUUCUUCAUGAAGUUCUUCAAGAAAAUAAGCAAAGUGAACUUGCAUCAAAAGUAAUGAUUGAACUACUGGGCACUUACACUGAAGACAAUGCUUCUCAUGCCAGGGAUGAUGCUCAUAGAUGUAUUGUAGCAUGCUUAGCUGAUCCAACAAUGUUCCUCAUGGAUCACUUGCUUGCUCUAAAGCCUGUUCGCUUUCUGGAGGGAGAACUGAUUCAUGAUCUCCUCACAAUCUUUGUGUCUGAGAAAUUAUCAUCAUACCUUAAGUUUUAUAACAACAACAAGGAUUUUCUAAACUCUCUGAGCCUCUCUCACGAACAGAACAUGCAAAAGAUGAGGCUGUUAACAUUCAUGCAGAUGGGAGAAACUAAAAAGGAGAUUUCAUUUGAGACCAUUCAGGGAGAACUUCAGUUGAAAUUUGAAGAAAUAGAAGGCUUUGUUAUAGAUGUGCUUCGGACUAAACUGGUUCGAGCUAAAAUUGACCAUGUCAACAAAAAGGUACUUGUUAGUUCUACAAUGCAUCGUACAUUUGGAAAAUCUCAGUGGCAGCAACUUCGGGAGGUUCUCGUGAGGUGGCGUAACAACUUGUCUAUGGUGGAGCCGAGUAUGGAAUCAGUUUUACAAACUCAGGUGGAACCGUUGGCGACCUUACAAGAAGCUGCACAUUAGAUGCUUUUUGAAUCUGUACUUGGUUGUAAUUAAAAUGCAAUUCCAUGGAAAA